CGCGAAUUGCGAAAAAUGGCGACGUCGAAAAGUGCGAAUACCUACAAUCGGCUCAAUUGGGAAGAAGCCGAAUUCCCCAUCCUCUGCCAGACAUGCUUGGGCGAUAACCCGUACGUACGCAUGACCAAAGAGCGGUUCGGCAAGGAGUGCAAAAUAUGCUCGCGCCCUUUCACCGUAUUCCGGUGGUGUCCCGGCGGCCGGAUGCGCUUCAAGAAGACCGAAGUCUGUCAGACGUGCAGCAAGCUGAAGAACGUGUGCCAGACGUGCCUGCUGGACCUGGACUACGGCUUGCCGGUGCAGGUGCGCGACAAUGCGCUCAGCCUGCGGGAUGACAUGCCCAAGUCGGACGUCAAUAAGGAGUACUACUCGCAGAACAUGGAAGCGGCCGUGGCUGAUGGCGACCCCAGCCAACCGUACGGGGCCCUCGCCAAGGCGCAGAGCCCCAGCGACCUUCUGAUGAAGCUGGCGCGUACCACGCCUUACUACAAGCGCAACAGGCCACACAUCUGCAGCUUCUGGGUGAAAGGCGAGUGUAAGAGAGGCGAGGAGUGCCCGUACCGGCACGAGAAACCCACGGACCCGGACGAUCCGUUGGCCGACCAGAACAUCCGCGACCGCUACUAUGGCGUGAACGACCCCGUCGCCGACAAACUGCUGCGUCGGGCAGCCGCCAUGCCCAAACUAGAGCCUCCGGAGGACACUUCUAUCACCACGCUGUACGUCGGCAAUUUGGGCGACCGGCUAACGGAGAAGGACUUGCGCGACCACUUCUACCAGUACGGCGAGAUCCGUGGCGUGACCAUGCUGGCGAGGCAGCAGUGCGCCUUCGUCCAGUUCACCAACCGCGUCAGUGCCGAGCUGGCCGCCGACAAAACGUUCAACAAGCUCAUCCUCGGCGGCCGCAGACUCGUCAUCAAGUGGGGGCGCCCGCUGGCGCGCCAGGUGACACCCUCGGGGCCCGAAGGCGCCGAAGGUAGACCCCCGGGACCGCCGCUCGAGCCUGUUCCGGGCCUACCGGGCGCCCUGCCGCUACCACCCGACGAGCUGGCCAACAACUACUUCAACCUGGCCCCGCUUCACCCGCCUCCAGUCCCGUUCCCGCCACCACCCCCGCCGCCCACGGCGUUCCUCGUACCCCCGGGCGAGGCUGUGCUAUCCCCGCCACUACCGCCUCCCCCUGGACUCGCGCCCCCGGGAACCGUGCCCCCGCCGCUGCCACUCAUGCGCGCCCUCAUUCACUACCCGUCUCAGGAUCCCCAGCGUCUGGGCAGCAGGGGGAAACCUUAGUUGCACAGCACGGCUUCCUUGUUUUGCAUUCCUCGGUUCGCGCCAGUGGCAGCGACGAGAAUAAAAAUAAACUUCGCGAAUGUGAAGCCUUGUGCGUGCAGCCAGAGCAAGUGUAUGUGCUUAUUGAACUGGUAGGGUUUGAGCUAAAGUGGUCAUGUGCCCUGUCAGUGCAGUUGUGCAACCUUGGUUACCACAGUCUCGGGUGUUGCUUCUCUUUGUUUUAUUUCUUGUAAGUUCAUUGGUUGAAAUGAAUACACCUGAUAACAGUGCCAGUUUCUACAAAAUCUGCUGUUAUGCCUGUUUGCAUGAUGUGAUUGUGCUUGUAAGACAUUACAGUUAGUGCACGGAGCCCUCCAACCUGUCCCCUGGGUUUCUUGUUUAUGCUUAUGGUGCACAAUUUCACAGCAGUAUCGCACUGGUGUACACACUGCAGUGUAGGUUCUUCUAUCGCAGUGUUGUUCCUUUAAAACAGGAACAAAAGCUCUGUUCCUCAUUCCUACUCAAUUUCGGAACGAGUUCCUGUUACAAGUUCUUUUAAUGCAAAAGGAAUUCAUUACAGUUACAUUUUCAAAAUUU